UCUUACUUCUUCCUUCGAUCGUGGUGUGUUCUUGCGGGUUUAGGUAGAGCGUUCUUGUGUGUGUUUCGUUGUUGGCUGUGGUCUGUCGCUCCUAGUGGUCUUUCAUGGUGCUUUCCUCGUUCUCUCCUUCUGGUAGCCCGUCACUGGCUGGGCUCCAUCUGGUUUGAGUUUCAAGAAGGGGUUUCAUUUGUUGCUGCUGGAUUCUGUGGAGCUCCACUUUUAGCGGAAAAUUGUGAAAGAGCAGGAGGUGCAGGAUGGCCUAAAAUUGCUCACAUCCCUAAUAUAUAGAUUGAUGCCCGCCAGAUCUGAUUUUUCAUUAUAAAUCCGAAGCACAUGGAGGGUUCUUGUAGGGAUGAUAAUAAUACAUCCAACAGAUCUAGCAAGAAAAGGGGAAGAGGUAGUACAAAGUUGAAGAAGCUAACUUUACAUCAUGGUACUGACAAGAAGUUGCAUGUGGAGUUUGAUGAUGAUAAAAGACCAAUUGGUCCAGAUGGAGAUAGGUUCAUCAGUUAUAUAGGCCUUUUGGCUCGUUCAAAAGUUGGCAUUUUGUUCCCUAGAUGGAAGUUAGUACCACAAGCUACAAAAGACAUGAUUUGGGAUGAUAUUUUGCUCACUUAUGAUAUCCCUCCUACCCUUGAGAUGAAGAAGUAUUGGCUUCAGCAAAUACGUGAUCGAUGGAAGGAUUUCAAAUCAAUGCUUACUAGGGUAUACAUUCGAGGAGAUAAGAAGAAUGAGGAUCCAUGUUCUGAAUAUAAAUUUCUUGAUCAAGAGACUUGGAGAGAGUUUGUGAAGUCGCGAGAAGAUCCUGAAUUUCAGAAAUUAAGUGAUGCAAACAAAGAAAGACAAUCUAAAAAUCAAUAUCCACAUUAUAUGUCUCGAGGGGGAUAUAGGAAGUUGGAGCAUAAAAUCAUGCAGCAUGAUUUGAAGGAAAUGGAGGAAGCUGCAAAUUAGAUCCUCAUGUUGUUGUUCAUCCCCUAGCUCGUCCAACUCGUCAAAGAAAAUGGAAGGAGGCGAGAGUCAAGAAAGGGCAAUAUAUCACUCCAGCGGUUGCUACUGUUGCUAAAAUGAUUGAUUCACUUGAGGAGCAAGAAGCUCAAGGUUCAUUCACUCCGAGUGGAAGAAUGGACAUAUUGGCAGCAUCAAUUGGAAAGCCAGAUUAUCCUGGUCGUGUUAGAGGGGUAGGAAAAGGAGUCGGUCUUAAACAAUACUUUGGACCAAUUUCACGAAACUCACCAGAAAUGAUAUCUAGAGAGGAGUUUCAUGGGUUGCUAGCUAAGGUUAAGGAGGAGACCCAAGCUGAGGUUUGUCAAAAGCUUGAGUCGCUUAUGGCCGAGCUUCGUGAUGAGUUCAAAUCUAUGGUUGCCAACAUGGUAGCUGGGCAAGGAGCUGAGCGAACACCUCAGGUUUCUCAUACGGUUCAAAGCACCAAAGAUAGUUGUAGUCCACCAAAGACGUUGACAUUGCAUGCCCCUAGUCCCACACUUGAUGAUGGAGCUCCUUGUUAUCUCUACUUGGAGCAAACAAAGAAGCAGGUUGUUGCCCAAGCUCGAGCAUACAUGCUUGGGUCAACAAGCAACAACAUGCUUGGGUCAACAAUUCAUCACGAGGAGAUUCAGGAAGACCAGGUUAGGGUGAUGGUUGUGGUUGUUCUUGAGGCAAAUGCAAAGGUACCAUUCCCUAUUGAUGAGAUUGUAGAAGUUGGCCAAGCAAAAGAUGCCUUCAUUCUAUGGCCUAAAAGACUUAUUGACAUGGAGAUGACACUUCCAAUGGACCCUAAAACUGUUGAGAAAUUCCCUUGCUUGGCACAACUGCAUGAGUUUUUCAAGGCAAUGACAAAUGCCAUCGAUUUGAAAAUGCCUACAGGGAUCAUGGGUAGCGAGAAGUCAUAUCCCUUUAAAAUUGACAAGAAAGACCUUAUGGAGUUCAUAUUUAUGAAGGAGUUGGAUAUGUCAUGGGCUAACUUAACAAUUUUGUAUCUCCACAAUCUCUGCAUUGCAAUGGGGAAAGACAAUUUAUAUGGAUUCUUGUGUCCAAAUUCAUUGCAAUUAGCUCACAACACAUUAGAUCAAAGGAUAAUAUAUGUGAGCAAUACUAUUAGAGAAUCUAAGUUGCCAUGUUAUCUAGCUCCAAUUAUCCAAGGUUCUCAUUGGUCACUCUGUGUUGCUUGCCCCUUCGAUAAUGUUGUCUAUUGGUUUUGUUCCUUGGGUAGCACUCCAAGUGAAGAGAUGAAAGGCGUGUUAAACACAGCAUUGAAGAUAUAUUAUAUGAUGGGGGGAAAGUGCAAUGAAAAUAAGGAUUCGACUACUUGGAUCUACCCAAAAUGCCCUCAACAAGCAAGGAGUACAGAGUGCGGAUAUUAUGUUAUUCAUUAUAUGCAUGAAAUUGUUCAAUUUGACUCUACUGCCAAAUUGCAAGAGUUUUUUGAUAAUAAUGACCCCUGCACCAGUGAAAACAUUGAUGUCAUCCGAAAUGCUUUGGCACAACAAAUUCUUCAAGAACUAUCGGCGCAAAAUUUUGCACACACUCUCCAAAUCCCUGUAUCUGCUCAUCCAAUUUCACAUUUGAUUUCACCAUUUCAUUCAUCCAUCAAUCUGCAACGUAACCUCGUGAUUUUCGCUUGGAUUUGUUGAAGAACUUGGUGUGCAACUUUCUUAGUGAAUUCUUCCAUAUGGGCGAGCAUGAUGUGUGCUUUCAUUGAGAUUUGAUGGAUCAGUUAAGGUGUGGCUAGGGUUGUUCUUCUCUAUGAGGAUGAAAGCUCAUGUGUCUGGAUUGAUCAGGAGAUUUCUCAUCUUUCUCUUCUAUGUUAAAUCCAUUUUAUUAUUACUUUGUAAUGACAUUUGGAUUAGAGUGAUUUUGUGUAAUUAAAUGUAUUGUUGAUGGUUUUAUCAUGUGUAGAAGGUGUUUGUGAAUAUUCCUUGGAGAUUGGAUAUCCUGGAAUUUUGAUUUUAAGAUUGAAUCCCUUGUUUUGAUUGCCA